AGGCAGUUUUGGCGCAAGCGUAAGUACCAGUUCCAUGAGAGGCACAGCCAAUUUUCCACGAUGGCGCACAGAAGACUUGCCUCUCUCAUGUUCCCCGCCGGCGUGGCUGGCAUCGCAGACCGUCCGCCAAUGGGCUGGAAUUCGUGGUACGCCUGGGGCAGGGCCGCAGGCUGGCCCGCCACCAACGAGACCAACACCAAGCUGACAGCAGACCUCAUGGUAACCCUGGGCCUGCGCGAUAGUGGGUAUCGGUUCCUGGUCGUCGACGACUCGUGGGAAAACACACACAGGGAGGAGGACGGGAGUCUCAUGGCAAACCCCUUGAAGUUUCCGACGGGCAUGGAGCACGUCAGCGCGUAUGUGCGAGCGGCAGGGUUAGAGCUUGGCCUGUACACCACGCCCGGGAAUUACACCUGCAGCGGGCAGCAAGGAGGUGGUGAGCCGGGCAGUUUCGGCCAUGUGCAGCAAGAUGUGGAAUUAUGGGUUGGCAAGUGGCAAAUCGGUUAUUUGAAGAAUUGCGUGUGCAAUACCACUGAAGCGCUCCGGACGCAUGCUUACUCUGACAUGAAGGCAGCGCUCACAUCUAUGAACAAAUCUGUCGUGUACGAGUGCGACCCUUUUAUGGACAGACCCUGGGCGACAUUGAACAGCGUUUGCAAUGUUUACGCUGUCAGCGAUGAUAUAGCGGAUUCGUUUGAAGCUUGGACAUCGCAAGUGGACGUUUCUUAUUCCGCGGGAGUUUCAAAAUCGAUUCGAGCCAGUAGUUGGCCUUCGUCCAGUGGCCUUCGGAUCAUCCCGCCACCCCGCCUAGGUUGUAGGUCAGAGGCCUCUUGAGACAUGUUUCUGUUGUUUUUUAUUCUUCGUCCAGGACUUGCCUGACCGAAUCAUAGUAACAGUUCAGCCCAGGGAACUCCAAUGGACCUGAGGGCACUCCCUUUCGUACUCUGGGGCACGGUGGCGGGUAUGAUUAUUUGCAGAUAGGCAACGGUGGUCAGUCUUUGGACGAGUACCGCUCUCAAUUCGCCAUGUAUGCCAUUCUGCCUGCUCCUCUCAUAAUUGGUACGGAUCUUCGAUCGAUAUCCACGGACGCUCUCAGCAUAUAUCGCUCCGCAGAGGUAAUCGCGAUCAACCAAGACGAGGCCGCGAUUGCUGGAAUACGGCUGUGGCAGAGGCAGGGAUCGCUGAACGGCUCGGAGGCUUGGGUGAGGCUGCUCAAGAAGCAGCCAGACGGUGGUCUCUCGUGUGCUGUGUUGCUUCUCAAUCGUGGGACAACGGCUCAGAACGUGACAGUUACAUGGACACAGUUAGCUGUCUUGGGCGACCCAUGGGCGCGCAUGAAGGCUGGGAUCGUGCGAGAUAUCUUCGCGCGAAAGGACGUUGGCCUUGUACGAGGAGCUGUCACUGCAGAACUCGUACCGCACGGGAGCUCCCUGCUGAAGGUGAGUGGAAUACAAUCGGAUGUUGCGGCUUACGUUGUCUAGAGCCCGUGCGCAGGUUACACAGCGUGGUUCUGAGGAGGGCCGCGUUGAGUGUGGCCAUGGGCGCACUCGUGUAUAACCUUGGUCCCGUGCUUAAACAUCUAGAUUAGUAUGGUGGAUGUGUACGCCACGAGUGACGAAGGCAC